AGUCCAGUUUGUAGUCGCUUCUAAACAAACCUCCUCUGCACCCAACAUUUUCUUAAUUUACUUUAUUCCGCGCUGUCAGUUCUUUUGAUUACUGAAGUUGUGGUUUAAUUUAACAGUCCUUUUUUUAUUCGUGAAGGUUUAAAUAUGCUUCGUUUGAGAGGGGCGGUGUGGCAGUCUUGGAGAGGGUUUAAAACUUCCUCUUGUUCUGCCGUAGAGGUAAAGAAUGAGCCCAUUUUAGGAUUUAAAGAGGGAAGCCAAGAAAGAAAAGAACUCUUGCAGGCUUUACAAAAUUUGCACGGAAAAACAGAGGAGAUCCCAUGUGUGGUUGGAGAUGAACAAGUUUGGACCAAAGACAUCAGAUAUCAGUUAUCACCAUUCAAUCAUUCACACAAAGUCGCCAAGUUUUGUUACGCUGACAAGGAGCUGAUAAAUAAAGCUAUUCUGGCAUCUGUUGCUGCGAGGAGAGAAUGGGACUUAAAGCCUGUCCAGGAUAGAGCACAGAUUCUCUUUAAAGCAGCAGACGUCAUCAGUGGGCCCAGGAGAGCAGAGGUCCUCGCUAAGACUAUGAUUGGACAGGCUAAGACCGUCAUUCAGGCCGAGAUUGAUGCUGCAGCUGAACUAAUAGACUUUUUUAGAUUCAAUGCCAAACAUGCCAUUGAGCUCCAAUCACAGCAGCCCAUCGAUGCUCCAGGAAGCACAAAUACAAUGCUCUAUCGUGGACUUGAGGGCUUCGUGGCUGCUGUCGCCCCCUUUAACUUUACUGCUAUUGGUGGGAAUCUUGCCGGUACGCCAGCUCUGAUGGGUAACGUGGUUUUAUGGAAGCCCAGCGACACCGCCAUGUCUGCGAGCUACGCCGUCUAUAAGAUCCUGCGGGAGUGCGGCCUGCCCCCGAACAUCAUCCAGUUCUUACCCGCUGACGGACCCGUGUUUGGAGACGCCGUCACUGCGUCCGAGCACCUCGCAGGCAUCAACUUCACAGGCAGCGUACCAACAUUCAAACGUCUUUGGAAACAAGUUGGUGAGAAUUUGGACAAAUACAAGAACUUUCCACGGAUAGCAGGAGAGUGUGGAGGAAAAAACUUUCACUUUGUCCAUAAGUCGGCCGAUGUUCAAAGUGUAGUGAUGGGGACGAUCCGCUCAGCUUUUGAGUACGGGGGUCAGAAAUGCUCCGCCUGUUCACGGAUGUAUGUCCCUGAUUCACUUUGGCCACAGAUCAAACAGGAGCUUCUGUCUGUGCACAAACAGAUGAAAGUAGGAGACCCUGUUCAGGACCUGAGUACAUUUUUCUCUGCUGUUAUUGACGACAAGUCAUUUGGUCGCAUAAAGAAGUGGCUUGACUACGCGAAGUCCUCCCCCAACCUAAAGAUCGUCGCUGGUGGAAACUGCGACGACCAAAAGGGAUAUUUUGUGGAACCGACAAUCAUUGAGACCAAAGACCCACAGGACAAUAUCAUGAAAGAGGAAAUCUUCGGGCCAGUUCUCACAGUGUACGUUUAUCCCGAGGAAAACUACAAAACAGUGCUGAGUCUAAUCGACAGCACAUCUCCCUACGCCCUCACGGGGGCAGUGUUUGCACAAGACAAAAAUGUCAUUGAGGAGGCUGCAAAAGUUUUGAGAAAUGCUGCAGGGAACUACUACGUCAAUGACAAAUCCACUGGCUCCAUUGUCGCCCAGCAGCCAUUUGGGGGCGCCAGAGCUUCAGGAACAAAUGACAAACCAGGAGGACCACACUAUGUUCUACGAUGGACGUCCCCUCAGGUUGUGAAGGAGACGCAUGUCCCCCUGACCGAGUGGAAGUACUCCUACAUGACUUAAACAACAUCCAGAAACAUAAGAAACAUCGGCGUAUUCUCCGUCCUGGUAACAAAGGUUUACCCCGUCCUUCAAAGAUAAAGAUGAACUUUACAAAUGUCAUGGAUAACCUUUCGUCCGGCUGCUCGUCGUUUUCUCUGUAAACGUCCUGUACGGUUCAGGUUACACAUCAUAUUAACUGUACUAAAAAUAAAAGUAUAUUUUAAUUAUUUAAAUGUAGGCCAUUAGUGUAUUUUUUAAUAUAUCUUCAACAUGUGAAUAUGUUGAGAUAAUCGAGUCGUGGGUCAUGGAUCUGUUCACUGUUUUGUUACAAAACCAUUAGGGCUUAAGUUAAAGAUCUUUGUCUUUGAACGUUACAUUUUUUAUUUGUGUGUGUGGACUGGUAGAAUCACAACAUUUCAACUGCAAGAAUUAAACAUAAACAUUUUAUUCUUCAGUCUAAUAAGAGUUUUAAUUUUCUACUCUUGACCCUGUUUUAGAUAAAUAUCAUCUGGUUUAUGCAGAUUAUGACAUAAUGACACUUGUGCCUGUUAUAAAUUAAAUAUAAUAUUUUUGUCAAUAAAGAACAAAACAUUCUU